AAAUAAAGUUUUCGCACUGGUUCCAGUCAAACCGAUGCAAAAAGUGAGUUUUUUCCACCGGUUCUGACCGAACCGGUGCAAAAGCUAUUGCAUAAAAAAAAAAAAACCCGGUCUGCCUCUAAAUGUAUACUCUUUCUUUCUCUUUCUGUCUUUCUUUCUUUCUCUUUCCUUUUCUCUCUCCUUCAAUCUCCUUCUCCACCGGCGGCGGCCACCUCCCCCUCUAAAUAUAUACCCUCGCUUUCUCUUUCUAGAUCAAUCGUAUUUGGAGUGAGUGUUUUCGGAUUUUCGAAUUUUCUGGGUGGGUGUUUUCGGGUGAGUGUUGAGUAUUUCGGGGUGGUUGGAGUGAGUUUCGGUGGUUAAGGUUUAGUUUCAAGCAGACGGCGCCUUCUAAUCCGUGUAUCCCCCAUUGAAGAGGCAGCUUCUGAGAACUUGGAAACUAUGCAAUGUAGAUGCUUUUUCAAGUAUAAGGGCAGGACCUAGUCACUUAUGCCAUGAUCAAUGCAAUUGCAGUUCGGAAAAUUUUGAAGAAAUAUGAUAAGGUUCAUUAUUCUAAGCAAGGUCAAGAAUUCAAAUCACGCGCUCAGAGGAUGCACGUUGAGAUCCUCCAAUCGCCAUGGCUUAGUGAGCUCAUGGCCUUUCACAUUAAUUUAAGGGAUAAAAAGGAAAAGGCAAGAAUUGGAGCUUAUUUGUUUGUGGGCUGCGCUCUUAAAUUUACAGAUGGAAAGCCGUCACUAACUUGUGAGCUCUUUGAUUCUGUGAAGGUGGAUCUUGACUUGACUUGUUCUAUUUGUUUGUAUACAGGAUACAGUGUUUGACCCUGUUGCUCUUACCUGUGGCCAUAUAUUUUGCUAUAUGUGUGCCUGCAAUGCUGCUCUGUGACUAUAGUUGAUGGCCUGCAGGCCACAUCUCCAAAGGAGAAGUGUCCAUUGUGCCGAGAG